AACGAUCUUCUAUGCGAAUUUGAAAAAUGGUUUAGCAAUAAAUACAAAGAAAAAAACCUUGUACAUUUUUAUUAUGGAAAAGCGGACAUUCCUAUUGAAAAAAUUAAAGAUGGUGAUGAAGUAAUUGUUGCUGUUAUUGACAAAAUGAAAGAUAUCGAAAAGGAAACAACAUUUAAGAAUGAUGAAGAAGACAUCGCGGUUAUUUGGAAGGAUUGGAAAGAAGAAUCAAAUGAAGUAUGUGUAGAAUUGGAGGAGGAACAAUAUCUCCAAGAACAGCAGAUUGACGAAUUAAAAAAAAUCGAAAAAUACCUGGAAGAAAAAUCAAAAGAUUUGCUGAAAAAGCAUUCAAACUUAGAAAUGAUAAUGGCUUCAACGUAUAGAAUACAAAAAGGAAAAAUAGUUAAAGAACCUUGUGUCGUUUUAUACUGUUCUUGCAAAGGCAUAGUGCCUAUCAAUGAACCGAAGUUUCCUUCCAAAAUACAUGAGAUCAAAACAGAUGUAGAGAGGGUUUUUUUCAUCUGGAUUGCAAUUUCAAUGAAGAUGUCUGUGCCGUUUCUAAAGAUUUACUUAAUCCAUUGAGAAUGGGUGCUAGCAUUGGAAAGAAAGGCGGACAAACAGAAGGAACUCUUGGUGGAUUUGUUAAAUCCAAUGAGGAGGUUGCGUUUAUAACAUGUGCUCAUAAUUUCUACGGCACUAAUGAAAUGGAGACGCCCGAACUUCCCAAAGCUCCAAUAACCGUGGUACAGCCUUCCCAUUUACAAGAAGGAUCGCAAGAAUGUGGUAAAACUGUACGAUCUGUUUCCUCAUUUUCUAACAUUAAUGAUGAAAAUAUUACAGUCGAUGCAACACUUGUCAAAUUGACAGAGAGGUGUCCAGAACAGUUGUUUUUUGCAGACCUGAAAACGGCAAGAUUGAAAAACUAUGGGUUCUCAAGAGCUACGUUUCCUCGGUACAUAGGUGGAGCUCCUCUUGACCUUAGGAAGAUCGAAGAUCGGGCACUCAAUAUGUCAAACAAGUAUUUGAAAUGUGGCACAACUACAGGAUUGACAAUGGGACAUCUCGAAUUAAAUUUAUUCAGAGGAAGACUUAGAGAUGGCAGACCCAGGGAGAGUAGGAGAGACCUUCAAAAUGAAAUAUACGAAAAUCAGUUAGUAAUACUUGGUGAGAACUUUUCUGCCCCCGGUGAUUCUGGGUCUUUUGUUUUUCAGGUUCGGGAGGAUUAUAUUGGCAGAUUAGAUUGUGUUGGAAUGCUAGUUGGAGAGUGUGGAAAAAAUAAAAGAGUUGUCACCCCUAUAAUUGCUGUGCUGAAUGCUCUAAAUGCAAGUCUGAUCCCAUUUCCUUAAGCUGGCUUCCCAUCCACCCUGGAUCUGCCCCUGAUGUAUGUUAUAACAAUUUAUAACACUUUGGUCAUUAGGUUCUUGACAAAGUUUGCACAGAUCUUUUAUUCAAUUGCACGAAUUGUUA